AUGGCGACUCGCAUGUAUCAGCUCAUAGCCCAGAGACAAGUUGAAGCAAAUAAGCAAAAUGUAAGAUGUCCGAAAUGCUUGGAAUUUGAACAUUGGGCUUAUGAAUGCAUAGGAAAAAGAAAAUAUCUACAUAGGCCUUUAAGAACAGCAGAACUAAAAAAAGCUUUAAAAGAAGAAAAAAAUAGAAAGACCAAGAAGAAAAGCUCUAAGAGUGUAACCAGUUCCAGUAGCAAUAGCAAUGAUGGUUCAGCUAGUGAUUCUUAAUCAGUGAAAGAAACGUCUGCCUCAUCCUCCUCAGAAGACAGUGACACUGAUGAAAACUCCUCUAGUUCAUUAUCUUCGGCCUCCUCCACAACCUCUUCCUCCUCCUCUGGUUCAGACUCACCUUCCAGCUCUUCCAGUAGCAGCAGCACCAGAACAGAUAGCACCGCUAGGGAAGAACCACAAAAGAAGAAAAAGAAGUAG